AACCGCUCUCUUAACGGCGACGGAAGAAAACGCCAUGUCUCCGGUCUCCACGCGCUUCCUCCGCCUUACUCGCCUCCGCGUGAGGUAGCUUACAUCCCACCCCACAUCUCUCUCUGCCUCUCGCCAUGGGCGCCGCCGCCAACCACGAGGAGGAGUCCAGUCCCCUCCUCCCCGCGGCUAGCGCCGCCGCGGGCCAGAAGCUCCCGCGGGAUCCGGCUCCGUCUCCGGCUCCUGUGGCCGUGAAGUGUUGCGCCAACGGGGUCCCGGUCGUGAUGGGCGAGCCGGUCGCAGCCCACGCCGUCGGCGGCGUCCCGCGGGAGAGCUGGGACUCGGGGAUCCUCUCCUGCCUCGGCCGCAACGACGAGUUCUGCAGCAGCGACCUCGAAGUGUGUCUUCUUGGAAGCAUAGCACCAUGUGUGCUGUAUGGUAGUAAUGUUGAGAGACUUGCAGCAGGACAAGGCACUUUUGCAAACAGCUGCUUGCCCUAUACUGGCCUCUAUAUGCUUGGGUACUCUCUGUUUGGGUGGAACUGCCUAGCUCCAUGGUUCUCUCAUCCCACUCGUACUGCUAUUCGUCGAAGUUUCAAUCUUGAGGGUAGCUUUGAGGCUUUCACCAGGCAAUGCGGGUGCUUCCGUGGUCUCCUUGAGGAUGAGGAGAGGCGUGAGCACCUAGAGGUUGCCUGCGACCUUGCGACUCACUACCUCUGUCACCCUUGCGCCCUCUGCCAGGAGGGGCGCGAGCUGCGCCGCAGGGUCCCUCACCCUGGAUUCAACAACGGGCGCUCCGUCUUUGUCAUGAUGCCACCCAUGGAGCAGACCAUGGGACGUGGCAUGUGAGCUAUUCCGGCUUGGCAGCUCGCCCUAGCUGGAUUUCUGCAAUGUCUCGUGUUGUCAGUCUGCUACUUGUGCCCUUCAUUAUUUUGCCUGUUCGUCGGUAAAUACGAGUUUGUAAUAUGAGAUCAUGUGAGACAGUGGGGUCUGUGUUCUCCUUAUCGACUACUGUAUGGAUUCUGAA